UGCAAAGGAACCAGGGUGUCCAACCAUCAACAAAGCUUACUUAACCAGUGGCUAAUGAUAACAGUGUAAAGAAUUUUACUUCUGGCAGUGCUACCAAAAACUUAAUGAAUACUGGAAUACAAAACAACAGUGAAGUUAAAACAUCAGCAGAGCCAAGAAAACCAGUAACAAAAUCGGGCCCAAUAAAUUUUGCUAAAGCUGUUACAACCAAAAUGCAAAACACCAAAGAAGAAGAAGUUGAGAACAUCUGGGAAUCUGUUCCAAAGAAAAAGCCCAAAAACAGUUUUCCAUUCGGUGAUAGACCAAAGUUAUACAAGGAGGAGGAAGUCCCAGAGAGACCUGUUCUUACCACGAACUACGCCAACCUGAUACCUCCCCCAGGAGUCCAUGCCUCCCCUCAGAAGACAGAAAAGGAAUCCUGGGACGACGACGAACAGUAUCUGUACGUGUCCUCCAAACUACCCACCGCUGCUAGAGAGUGCUACCGGUGGAAGACCAGUGCCAAAGUCGUGAUGUCUGCAAAUGAAAACAGGAACAAUUCCGCCCAUCCCAGUGCUUUGGAGCAAGAAUCAAAAACACUAUCUUGUAAAGAACAUAGCUCAAGUGUUGAGGAUGGAAAGAAAAAUGAUGUAAAAUUGAAUCAAACUGAUUUACAAAGAAAUAGACCUGAUAUGCCUAGGUUUGUGCCUGGAAGUGGAUCUUUAAAACUUAGUGGCAAGAAAGAUGUAAAUGGAAAUAUUAAGGAAGAAAAAGACCAACCAGAACCAAAAAGGCUAGAAACCCUUGGUCCAAUAAGGCCAUUGAUCAUCAAUCUGGUGAUCCAAGACCUAACGCUGAGUGCGCCAAAGCCAUGGCACCCUUACAGAAUAAUCUUCAAGGUUUCAAUCCCCAGGGUAAUUCUAAGAAGGUUGAGGAGUCAACAGUUCCGAGAGCUGGAGCAAUUACUUAAUAAUCAAAAUACCAAUGAUUAUUGGAAUGUUACCAAUAUUACAAGGAAAUCUGUGCAAGUCGAGAAAGAAGUAGAGGUUAAGAAGUCACCUGACUCAUUGUCAUCAUUACAUGGUACACAGGACAAGUCUUCCAUCCAAUCAAGAGAGACCACAAAGCCUCUGAACCAAUCAGAAGAGAAGACUGAAUCCCUGAUAGCUUCAUUGCAGCGGAAGGCAUAUCAGAUGACCACUUCUAGCAGCGGCUCCUCUGGUGCUGUACAUGACUACUGGGCUAUUCCUACAAAACAACCAAUCAAAACAGAGAAUCCUAACAGUCCUUCUGAAUUUUUUAUAUCUCAAUGUGACAGAUAA